AUGGAAGGAGACACGAAGAGUGGAGAUCUUCUCGCAGGUGGACAUGGAAAAGGUUCUGGUCUUAAUCAAAUCAAUGCUCCACUUUUCAUCUUUGUCGAUCAACAACAUGCUGUCUACGUGUCAGAUCAUCUCAAUCAUCGUGUAACGAAAUGGAAUAAAAAUGCUACAGUAGGAAUUGUCGUUGCUGGCGGUCAGGGAAAAGGUGUUGCUCUGACACAAUUGUCGCAUCCUGAAGGGCUCUUUGUUGAUGAAUCUAGUACGCUCUAUGUAGCAGAAUCGAGAAACCAUCGAGUAACUCGUUGGCCUCAAGGAGCAACACAAGGCACUGCCAUCAUCGGUGUAGAUACUCAAAUAAAUUGGCCCGUAGGCUUGUCUUUCGAUCGUCAAGGCAAUAUUUACGUCGCUGAGAGUGGUCAGAAUGGGCCUCACAGGAUCCAACGUUUUUUUAUUCAAUAA